CACACACAAAGCGUUUUCUUAAAAUUCACACAUUUAAAAUAGGUAGCAUGAUGUAUGUUUAGCUAGGCUACCGUUAGACCGAAACACGGGUUUAAGCUAAUUGCUAUUACAGGUUGCCUCAGUUCAUUGGUGAGGGAAUCUAUCGGUCGUGUCAAUAUGUAUGGAGCUCCAGUGGAUUUGUCUUUUAAACAUAUCAGCAGUUUGGCAGAGGCAUGGACAGAAGAGCCAAGGAUCAGUUUGCGACCUUUAAAGAGAAAUUCAGAGAUGAAGUACCCAAGCCGCUCCCUGCGUCUCAGUAACAACAACAUUACUGACCUUCGUGACCUCCAGAAGCCUAUUAGCCACUUCCUGGCUGAGCCAUCACAGCUUACCUGGUUGGACCUGUCCUUCAACAAAAUCUCACACAUAGAUCAAGUUUUGUGCAAUCUGCUUGAACUGCGUGUGUUGUAUCUUCACGGCAACAGCAUUUUCAUUCUGUCAGAGGUGGACAAGCUGGGAGUGCUACCACAUCUACACACCAUCACUCUGCAUGGAAAUGUCAUAGAAACCAACAAGGCAUACAGGAAUCAUGUUAUUUUUGCUCUGCCUCGGUUGAAGACGAUGGACUUCAGUGCUGUCACACGCCAGGAGCGAGUAAUGGCAAAGAUAUGGCAUCACAGCAACAACCUCAGCAGAAGCAGCAAGGACACUCUCCAGUGACUGCUGGUUCAUCUCCACCAUAAUGUGUUGAAAUCAUGGUUUCACCCAGUUGUACUGUGCUCCAAAUUCGCUGAUGGACAACCUUGUAAUUAUUUAAUGUAUUGUUAUGUUUAUCUAUACAUCUGUGGUGAAAUCAGCAGUGUUUUCAACAGUUGUUUGGUCCAUUUUUAUAUACCAAAAUGAACACUUCUUGUCUUGGAUAGUCCAAAAAGAAGUCAACACUUAAGUCACCUGAAUUGGAUUCGUUAAUAUGUCACUGGAUGAUCCAGAAACACUCUGACAAACUGUAAAAUAUACUGUGAAUACU